AUCGCCAGGGCCUCGGGCUUCGAUCAGAAAGAAGGGGCGGGGUGCUUGGUUGUCAGGGCCCGGGGGCUUCAGCUGGGUGGGGCAGGGAGAUGCUGGCCCACGCUGUCCAGUUUGUCCCAGAAACUCGCCUCCUUCGGCGCCCAAGUGUGGUCUUCCAUUGAUCCAGCCAAGAAGAUGAAUCCUAACUUCUUUAAUCCAUUCUCUGCCUCACCAUGUCCUUGAAAAUGUGCUUUACCAAUGGCUUCCUUCUUUGCAGACAUAUCUUUCAAACUUCAACAAAUAUUCUCUUGACCUUGUGUUUUUAAGGAACGUUCUUGGUUAUCAUCCAGUCACUGAGAUCGCCAGAGGGGCGUUUCCACCCCCGCAACCGGAGCUUUGCCGCCUGCGGUCUGACCUCCACCAAGGUGACGCGGAAGAACGGCCCCCGGCCGCACCCAGCUCAGACACAGCGCGUGCGCGCGCAUGAGCGGACGGGCGUGUGCAGACAGCGGCUGCGCGGCCGGCGUGAGGCCUCGUGAAGCUCAUACCGAGCGCCAGAAGGAAAUCGGCUAUCGUUUGUUAGGCCUAUAAAGUAUUUAAACAACAGUGAUUAUUACCUCCAGGACGUGUUGUGAUCUGUUACAGGAAUGUGUUUCUGAUCGAAUCUCAAUCAUGUUGUCAAACUGCUUGCAAAAUUUCUUAAAAAUGACAAGCCCUCAUGUAUAUCCAAGAUUAUGCCAGCGACUAAUAGGAAGUAAAAGGAGGUUUUCCGGAACUGUGCCAACGUUCAGAUUUCGUAGGCGGGUUGUCAUUACAGGCAUUGGCUUAGUGACUCCUCUGGGUGUUGGAACUCAGCUGGUAUGGGAUCGUCUCAUCCGAGGAGAGAGUGGAAUUAUUUCAUUGGUCGGUGAGGAGUAUAAGAAUAUCCCUUGCAGUGUUGCUGCUUAUGUGCCAAGAGGUGGUGAUGAAGGUCAGUUCAAUGAACAAAACUUUGUGUCCAAAUCCGAUAUCAAGUCCAUGUCUUCUCCAACCGUUAUGGCCAUUGGGGCUGCAGAGUUAGCCAUGAAAGAUUCUGGCUGGCACCCUCAAUCAGAAGCUGAUCAAGUGACUACUGGAGUUGCAAUUGGCAUGGGAAUGGUUCCUCUUGAAGUUGUUUCUGAAACUGCUUUGAUGUUUCAGACAAAAGGUUAUAGUAAAGUCAGCCCAUUCUUUGUCCCUAAGAUUCUGGUCAAUAUGGCAGCAGGCCAGGUCAGCAUUCGAUAUAAACUCAAGGGCCCCAAUCAUGCAGUGUCUACAGCCUGUACCACAGGAGCUCAUGCUGUGGGAGACUCCUUUAGAUUUAUAGCCCAUGGUGAUGCUGAUGUGAUGGUGGCUGGAGGUACGGAUUCUUGCAUUAGUCCUUUAUCUCUUGCUGGGUUUUCCAGAGCCCGUGCUCUGAGCACAAACCCUGAUCCUAAGUUGGCAUGUCGACCAUUUCACCCCAAAAGAGAUGGUUUUGUAAUGGGAGAAGGUGCAGCUGUGCUGGUGCUGGAAGAAUAUGAUCAUGCCAUUGAACGAGGGGCACGGAUCUACGCAGAAAUUUUGGGCUAUGGACUCUCAGGUGAUGCUGGUCACAUAACUGCGCCUGACCCUGAAGGAGAAGGUGCCUUAAGAUGUAUGGCUGCAGCUGUAAAAGAUGCAGGUGUACAACCUGAAGAGAUAUCCUAUGUCAACGCGCAUGCUACUUCCACCCCAUUGGGAGAUGCUGCUGAAAACAAAGCUAUCAAACAUCUUUUCAAAGACCAUGCACCUGCCCUUGCAGUUUCUUCAACUAAGGGAGCCACGGGACAUCUGUUGGGAGCUGCAGGGGCAGUUGAGGCAGCUUUUACUGCUUUGGCUUGUUAUUAUCAAAAACUACCACCUACUUUAAACCUGGAUUGUACAGAACCAGAAUUUGAUCUCAAUUAUGUUCCACUAAAGGCACAGGAAUGGAAAAUUGAGAAAAGAUGUAUUGGACUCACCAAUUCCUUUGGUUUUGGUGGUACUAAUGCAACACUUUGUAUUGCUGGCAUGUAGGACAAAUAAUUUGUAAUUAAAUAUGGUUU